AUGGCAGACAUGGCAACAAAUAUACCAGUAGUGCAAGCUGCUGAGCCACCAGACAUGAGCCAGCGCUCUCUGGGUUCACCUGUAAGAGAGAAAUCCUUUCCUUUGUGUGACCAUGCACCCAGGCUGAUUCCACAGAUGCCCCGAACUGGGGAGCUCAUCCAAAUUCCAGGUUUAGGCAACGCAGAAGAGUCUUCUCCGCAUCAACCAGAUGUUUCAGAUCUCAACUGCCACGAUACGACCGCACAAACCGGCGACUCGCAGGAUAAUGCCAGCUCGACAUUAGAAACCUCAGCUCCCCUUCCAGACGCCAUUAGCCACGCGCCAGUGAAUAUUGAUGGUUUACCCGUCGACGAAUCAAGAACCAUCCAAGAGCCGCUCGAGAAACCACACAUCAACCGCGGCAUGAGAUGCGCAUUACAAGCAGCUCAGACCGAAUGGGAGCGUCAAAGCUCUCAGUUCCACAAGAACAAGAAUAUUCACCAUUUCAACUUCCUUGGGGAAGGGGUAACACACAAAACUACAACUCCACCAGCUGUAUCUCUUCUUGUAGCCGUGACAGGUGCCAAAUCAGGUUUCGUCUCUCAAUGGGGCGAACGCGGAACUGAGAUCCCGGACCCACACGGAUUUGCUGUGAUGCGAAAUGCAAUGAAGCACGUUGAUCCUGUCAUUUACCAAGGCCCUGCUGAGAUUCUGCACCUUCGAGGAUCACGUCUGCGUGAGGCUGCGACGGGAUUAUGCAAGAACUUCUACUCGCAGCAUGGUACUUGGUGGUCUGACACAUAUGGUGAGCACGAAGAUCGACCCGAACUUGAUGGAAUGAAUGUUCUCAAGUAUGAGCCUCAGAUCUUUCCUGUCAACGGCUGGUUCCAGAAUUCGUCCAUGAUGGAUCGGUGGGACCUAUGCAGGAACUCAGAAAGGUUGGCAAAGGAGAAACUGCAGGAAACGCAGCAGGUUUUAAAGCGCCAGCAUGCGUGUGAACGAAAGGGAUCCCCUCUCUAUGAAGUAAUGACGACAGAAGAUUUGCACCUUUCACCAAAAGAAAGAGUAGAUAUGCCUAUGGCUGCGACAUCUUCGAAGGACGGCGAUGGCGCUAGAAAGGGCUAUUCAGCCUGGACAGUUGACAUCAACCAAUUCUUGGGCAAAUGCGCCAAGUGGUCUGAUGAGAUUGACGAUGAGGACGAAGAGUCUAUAUCGCCCAGUCCAGCUGCUCCGCUCGGGCACCUUACUUCCGCAGCUGUUCAGAUCGAAGCAAAGAGAGACCUUGAAGGGGAACCUAAAGUUGAUGUGGAGCCCACAUCUUCAGCAACACCAGAUAGUCAUGCAGCCCCUGACACCUCGCCGGUGUCGACUGUUGCUGAUGACAAGGGAUUGACCAUCGAAUGUGAGGAAGUCAAUGGACGCCCAUCACGACCGGCUGAACUUCAAUCUGGGCCUGUGCACAAUUCGAUCACUCCUUGCCAUGCAGAUGCAAAAUCGCCAGAGCAUUCUCUAGAGGGUUUGACUCAAGAAGAACUUGAGGAAGAAGACAGGGAAAUAUAUGGAGAUACGGCUGCUGUUUCUGUCAGCGUCCCAGACACCCUGCGACCACUCCAGAAAUGUGGGCUGGUGGAUCGUCAAGAUGGAGUUGAGUCGUCAAGCGAGUCUUCCGAGGAGGGAGCAGAUGCCAGCAGUACUGCUCCAACCACGCCUGCGGAUUCCGUUUCGCUCGGAGUCAGCUUCUGCCGACCAAUUCGCGAGAAGCCAGCUGCGUUGGUACAUCAGCCUCAGACUGUCCCUGCUACGACUCCUCACAUCUCCUCUUUAGCUGCAUCAUCAGUCAACUUCAGUUUUCCGAUCCGCAAAAAGCCAGUUGCGCCAUUCAAGGACCUUCAGGUCGUUUCUGCCACCGUGUUUGAUGAUUCCUCUUUGACGUCAGCCGCAGAUAGCACCAAGCCACCGAUUCGAGUCAAACUACCUGGUGCUACCAACCUUCCCAAGGACACUGUCGAGAACGGCUUUGCUACCAGUGCUGAGGUUAGCUCCAGCACUUCACCUCCACCUGCCUCUGGUAGUGACAUGAGCUACAAUGCUCCAUCACGACCAUCUUCACCCCUCUUGCAAAAUGUGCUGUCUGACCUGGAGGACGAGGAUGGCAUUGGCGAGAAUGAACAGAUGUCUCCAAUUUCACUAAAGACACUAAAUCACGUCAUUCUGCCCUUGCAACUUCGGAAAAGCCCUGCUCGCCGAUUAACAGACUCACCAUUUGCCCCUAUGGAGAUGUCUGAAGAAGCUUGGCCUGCGACUGACACUACGAAUGAAGAACCGUCCCCUUCAAAGUGUACAGCCAAGCCCAAAAGCGCAUCUUUGGUCCUACCAUCAGAUGAUUUCGAACCAGCCAUCGUGUCUCCGAAGCAAAUGCUGGGGAAGUUCAAGAGAGCCUCCUUGCUUUCUUCGAAGGGCUCUUCCAUACCACGCUCCAAGUCUUUUGCCAACCUGAAAGAUCUUGCAAAAGAGAAUUCGUCUCCCCGAUCUGUGCAACGCCAGUCAUCUCUUCCAUCUCAUGCUGAGCUUGAGAAAUUAGCCGAGCUGCCUUUGCCUAAGACCAAGUAUCGGUCUAAGCUAGACAAGAUGGAAGUUAUCUCUGAGGAGAAUGAGUCAGAAGCAGAGAUGAGUGUGUCUCCCGAGGAACCUGAAGCACUUCUCACCACGACCUCGGACCCAACAUGCCAGACCAAGGACGACAAGGCCCACAAUGAAGAUGUGACGGAUGAAGACGGAUCUGAUGAACAUUCUGAUGACACCGACGUCGUCAUCCAUCCCAAAUCGCCAGUCCGCUCGCAAUAUAAGCGCCCGGCUUCGAACACACCACGGAAGAUGAUGGGCCGGAGGUCCAUUUGGUCCGAUAUGCCAAGCUAUGCAAAUAGCUACACCUCCACUGGGAACCUGGAGCCACUCGAUGAAGUCGAAAGCGUCGAUGUGUCAGUCGAAGGCACCGGUAACCGCGCCAUCUACGCCAUCGAUUACUGGGCCGGCGUCUUUGAGCAUGAAAACAACAUCGACUUCCCACGAUCAGCUCCUACCAACGCGAGCAAUGUCCCGGUUUCAGCCGACCCCCUGACAGCCGCCCGCUCAGUCGCAGGAAGCGCAAGCUCCUCACCUCAUGGAUCGUCCAACGCCUCCGCAGAAGACACGGAGGCCACUACACCAAUUUCAAAUAAAGCAGCUAAGACGAUCACAGAUGUCCAUUUCAUCCGCACCAAACCCGCAACCUCAGUCUGGGGCAGGAUCAAGGCGAAAGUCACGGCCCAGCCAUCGCGAUCAUCACCGGCACCUCCGACGAAGGAGAAAUCGAAGUUGGCGAAAAAGAUGAAGAAGUUUUUGAGAAAAGGGAUCGAGGCAUUCGGUAAUGGAGCGCGACCGAUGGGCCUUUGA